UCUGUGAUCAUGGCUGCGCUCAAACACACCAGCCAUGUUUGCUAAUUUGAGACCCAAAGGUUAGCGAAGACCUGUUUACUAUUUACAUCGCCUGCACCAUCUUCAACCAUAUAUUUCUUCAGUCGGAGUGUCAGAGGCUUCAGUGCCUUUGAUAUCCAAGGAUAACAAGAUGGAAGCAAAUAAUCAUUUUAACUAUGGCCCACACUCGUCUGUGUCUGCAAACUCAGGACUGAAGCUUUCCUCAGGGGAGUCUCUCUAUACUAAUGGGUCCUCCAUGAGCUUCCCCCAGCAAGGGAAAAAUAUAAACGGCGACAUGAAUGUGAAUGGCAUCACUACUGCAAUUGGGACCAGCCAACCUGGCCCACACCCCACCUCGUCAUCGUACCCACACAUGAGCAACCACCACCACCAGGGCAGCAUGACCUACGACUACCUGUGGGGCCAGCCCCAAUACAGCCCAGCCAUGUCGUCAGGGCCCCCACACGGCAUGCACCAAAAGCAGGGCUCCCCAGGGGUCCUGCAACAGAACCAGCACCACUUCCAGAGCCACGGACAGUAUCAGGUCAAUGGGGCCAUGGGGGCCUCCCACCAGAGUCCUGUGGGUGGGGCGCCUAACGUUAGCCUGGGGGCUGGACAGUACUGGAACAGGCCAACCCCAACACAGCAACAGGGAGGUGCAUCCAUGGCAAUGGGCUACAACUCCCAUAGUGUGUAUGGAGGCUACCAGAGCCAGGUGCACCCAGGCUUGUCGCCCGCCCAGCACCACCAGCAAUCAGCUAUGACACACCAAGGGCCUCCCACGCACCACCACCCCCAUCAUCCACACCCGCACCACCCGCAUGCCCACCACCACGCGCAGCAACAGCAGCACUACGGCAUGGUGCCCAACGGGAUGCCCUACUACCAGCAUCAGCCUCAGCACCCACCCCAGCACCCGCCUCUUCCUUCACCUCAGCCCCAGCACCCGUCUCAGCAUCAGCCCCUACCCUCGCCCCAGCCCCAACACCCAUCCACGCACCAACAGCUGGCAUCGCCCCAGCCCCAACACCCACCCCAGCACCAACAACUAGCCUCGCCCCAGCCCCAACACCCGCCCCAGCACCAAACCUUACCCUCACCACAACACCCACCGCAACAUCAGACCAUGCCCUCUCCCCAACACCCACCCCAGCACCAGACCAUGCCCUCUCCUCAACACGUUUCCCAGCACCAGACCAUGCCCUCUCCCCAACACGUUUCUCAGCACCAGACCAUGCCCUCACCACAACACGUUUCCCAACACCAGACCCUUCCCUCUCCACAGCACCCGGCCCAGCAACACCAACCACUCCCAUCCCCCCAGCACGCCCCCCAGCCACCGUCUCAGAUGAUGCCUCCCACGUCCCAGAACUUCACCCCACCCAGGGGGAGUCCUCAGCACCACCACUUGGGCCGUGGCGCCUCGGGCAGCCCCCUUCCCAUGCAGGUACCCAUGAUGUCUCCCUCGGCUAUACCUGACGGUGGCUCCCCGCAGAGCCGGGACAGCCCCCUGGGAAGCAGUGUGCCACUGCCUUCAGUCAUGCAAGGGCGUCUCGGUGAAGCGUACAAAGAGGUGGACAAAGGCUACAACGGGGUGGAGCGUGCAUCUGCUGCCCAGCGGCUUCCCAAAGCCGAGGGAUACCCAGCCCGGCCCUCGGGCCACCUCUUGGUGCCCACCAGUGAAUACUGCCAGCGCGUGCCGCACGGGGCGAUGGACGUGGAGCCGCACCACAAGCAGCGGCACGACAUGGGAGGACCCAUGAGGGAGGCCAUGCACUCGGCCGUGUCUGCGCCUCCUCCGCUCCUGUCCACGCCGCCGCGUCAGGCUCCGUCAGGGCCUCCCCCUCCUCCUCCUGUGGUGUCCGUGCAUCACAUGAGCGCCUCGGAUCCCCCGCCCUCCUCUUCCUCCUCGUCCACCUCCGCGUCUGCGCCUCCUCAGGUCGGGGCGAAGAGUCCUCACGGGAGCCCCGUGUCUGCUCCUGCGCCCAUGCUCUCCUCUCCCCCGCUGAUGGUCCAGGGCCUGAGGCCCAUGCCUGGUGGCAUGUCGCCUUCCUCCAUGGGAGGGGGACCGCCGGAGCUCAUGCCGGGUCCUCCCCCUCUGAUGACCCUCGUCUCAAGGCCGGCUCCGGCUCCGGUUCCUGCACCUCCUCCUGCGGUGAGUUCGCCCUCGCCGGUCCUUUCCGCGACCCACCCGUCUGCCCCAGCCACGUCUGCACCUCCUCUAUGGACGAGUGCGCCUCCUGUGCCGGCCUCGCCGCACUCUCAGGUGGCCUACGUACCUCCUCAGAUGGUCCAACCCCCCAAACAUCAGGAGGCAAAGCCUCACUCCCCUGUGUCUUCGCCCUCGAAGGUGGCUCAAACCCCCAAGCUAGGAGAGCUGUCAAAGCCUCUCUCCCCGGCAUCUGCGCCUCCUGCGAUGGCUCCUGCUCUUCCCUCGGCCGCGUCUGCGACCUCUUGGUCUCCCCCAGAGGCCCCUGCGUCAUCGCCGUUGUCCACGUCACCUGCGAAGGCCGGCGUCCCUUCACCCCAGAUGUCAUCGUCGUCGUCGUCUCAGGCGGCCAAGUCUCUUCCUGAUGCGCUCGUUUCCGGGCACGCUCCUGCUGCCGGCGCGCCCGUCACGGCGCCCUCCGCCACGGCCCCCGUCUCCACGCCGCCCCCUCCUCCUCCUCCGGCGGCUGCUGCUCCCCACCGUGCCGCCUCCGUGCCUCCUGCCGCGGCCUCCUCUCCCCCCGCGGUGAGCGCCGCCCCUCAGGCCGCCUCAGUGUCUCUUCCUGCUCCCGGCGCGCCUCCCCCCGGAGCCGCCGCACCUCCCAAGACGGUCUCGGCGCUCCCCGCCGUCUCCGCACCGACUCAGGCCGCCACCGCUCCUCCGGGCGGCUCCAUGCCGCCGCCUCCUCCGCCUCCUCAGCCUGUCUCCGGACUGCCUGCUGUCCCCACGCCCUCUCAGGCGGGGUCCGCUCCGAGCGUCUCGCUGCCGCCUCCGGCCACCGAGGCCGCCGCCUCCUCCCCUCCUCAGGCCGCCGGGCAAGCCUCGCAAGGGUCGGCCCAGCAGGACUCCAGCAACGCUGGCAAGAGCUCCUCUUGCCAAGCUGCCAGCGAAAAGGAGGUGAGCGCUCCUCCGCCCGAUGAGGACGUCGCUGUCAGCAGCUUUUCAAAGUCGGACUCCACCCCGUCUCCGCGCUCCAAGUCUCACGAAGGCCUUGGCGAUGUCGCUACUGAGAGGUCGGCCCACAAGGUCGAUAGCCCGGCCAAGAACACUCUCCCCGAGGCAGGGACGGCCCCUGUAGCGGCAAAAGAUCAUGACACCCCAAGGAAGUUCGAUUCACUUGAUGACACUUACGACACUUACGACACCGAGUCUCUGGACUACACCUCCGUGGCUGAGUCAACGCGCCUCGAAAGCUCCCGCGCCGAGGACACCAGUGUCAUGGAGGACACGUUCGAUGACUCGACGGCUGACACCUCGUGCACGGACGAACCCUCCAUGUUUACAGAGGACUCGGCCGCGGAGGACUCCAGGCACGUGCCGGCUGACGACACCCAGGAGGAUUGCGACUCGUCUCAGGUUGACGAGACCAUGGACAGCUGUCUGAGCAACAGGGAGUCUGGCACAGAGGAUGACCGCUCUUGCCUGAAGGACUCCGUGAGUGAUGACUCACAGAAUGAUACCUCACUCAUGUCAGUGGACAACCACGACCUCUCGGGACUGCCCAGUAAAGCCCCUGAGGAGUGCAACGAGAGUCAGGAGAAGGCUGUGGAGGCGAGCGGCGAUGGGCGUGACGCUCCAGACGGUCCUGGCGCCUCCGCUGCUGCUGCGCUCAUGCCUGGCACAGCUGGCACCCCAGUGAGCGCUGAUGAGGGCUGGCAGGAGACGGUAGUGGCGGCAACAGCAACGGCCACAGCAGCGGCGGUGGCGGCAGACCCCAGCCCUGCGGAACUAGCAGCCAAACCACUGCCCCUGUCCACCUCGGCCGUCACCGUGGCAACAACAACACCCCCUCCACAGAAGCCUGCUGCCAAGAGAGGCAAAGCUGCUGCAAAGCAGGGCUCUCCAGCGACCCAGGCCUCUCAGAAGAAGACCCCUGCAAAGGCCCCCAAAGAGGAGAAGGAGAAGCCGAAGCGGAAGAGGAAGAAGAACGAGGACAAAGAACCUGCUGGAACAAGGAAGAAACGCAAGCUCUCCAAAGACGACGCAUCUGGCGCAGCCGCCACUACAGAGGUGACCCCACUCCUAAGCUCGCCGGACGCCGGUAACACAGCUGCUGACCAGACCCCGGCGGCCGAUGGAGCCACUCCUGCCAAGCCCAAGAAGACCAGGAAGCCCAGGAAGCCCAAGCAGCCUGCACCUGCUGCCGGCGCUGCCGCUGCCACGGCAACCGCCUCUCCAACCAAGACCGAUGGAGAGCCCGGCCUGGAGAGUGGUCAGACUCCGCCAGCCAAGCCCAAGAAGCCCAGGAAGCCCAGGAAGCCCCGGGAGCCCAAGGCCACGGACGGAGCAGCGAAGACGCCCAAAGCGGCGAAGGCCAAAGCCAAGCCAGCAGACACGCCCAAAGCUGAGCAGGACAACGAGGAUGAUGGAGAGGGCUCCACGACAGGAGACACUCCAAAGAGGAGGAUUGCCACAGAGGAGCAGGUCCACUUUCCUCUUCUGCACGGGUGGAAGAGGGAGGUCCGUGUCAAGAAGCUUGAGGACCGCCUGAAGGGUGAGACCUGGUACUACAGUCCCUGUGGGAGAAGAAUGAAGCAGUUCCCUGAAAUCAUCAAGUACCUCCGAAGGCAUGAGUGUGGGGUUGUGACCAGAGAGCACUUCAGCUUCAGCCCACGCAUGCCUGUGGGAGACUUCUACGAGGAGCGUGAUUCACCUGAGGGGUUGAAGUGGUUCCUGCUAGCCAAUGAAGAAGUGCCGUCCAUGAUCAUGGCCAUCACUGGCAGGCGUGGCCGCCCUCCCAACCCAGACAAGGAGAAGCCGCGAGCCCGGGUCAGAAGGGCCAAAGGCACCCCGGGCCGCCGGCCCGGCCGACCGCCCAAGACCAACGCGGUGGACCUGCUGAGCAAAGUGGACGCCAGGAUGCUGAAGAGACUGCAGGCGAAAGAAGUACUUACUGAUGAGGACAAGGAGAAACUGGUCAAGAUCAAGAAAAAAAUGAAGAGAAAGGCAAGACUCAAGCGCAAGGAAGAUGCCAAGAACAAGGUUUUAAGACAACUGGUCAAAAAAGCUAAGAUCGAGAAAACCAAGGAGGGAAAGGACCAACCCCAAGACGAGGAGAAACCAGCCCAGCCCGGGCAACCUCAGUCCCAGCAGCCUACCGACCAGCAGACCCCCCCGCCUGCCGCCGUGCCCAAGAAGCCUGGUCGCAAGAGGCGCGUGCUGACCCCCGAGGAGCUGGAGAAGGCCGGGCAGGUGAAGAGGGUGGUGAGCGCUCGGAGUCAGGCCAAGGCGCUGGCCAAAGCCCAGGCCGAGGCUCAGGCGCAGGCCCAGGCGGAGGCUCAGGCCCAAGCCCAGGCGGCGCUGACGGCCAAGCGACAGGCAGAUCGGCGAGCACAGGCCCAGAGGAGGCUGGAGGAGAGGAAGAGGCAGCAGCAGAUCAUCGAUGAGCUCAAGAAGCCCACCGAGGACAUGUGCAUCUCCGACCACCAGCCUUUCCCCGAGCUGUCCCGCAUCCCUGGAGUGGUGCUGUCGGGCCGGGCCUUCUCCCACUGCCUGACUGUGGUGGAGUUCCUGCACAGCUACGGGAAGGUGCUGGGUCUGCAGAUCCCCCAGGACGUGCCCAGCCUCAGCACCCUGCAGGAGGGCUUGCUGGGCGUGGGGGAGAGCCAGGGCGAGGUCAUGGACCUGCUCAUCAAGCUGGUGGAAGCCGCGCUGCAUGACCCAGGCCUGUCGUCCUUUUAUCAGUCUGUGAAGAUCCUGGGGGAGAAGCUGGUGGAUCUGGAGCUGAGCUACAGCACCGUGUCGGAGUGCCUGCGGAUCUUUCUGGAGUCCCACGGCUUCGAGCUCGAGGUCUGCAACACCCUCCGCACCAAGACAUUCCAGGCUCUCAAACCAGACGUGAAGGCCGCCAUCUUGGCCUUCAUGGUGGAAGAGCUGAACGCCAGCAACACCGUCACGAGGGACAUUGACAACACACUGGAGAAUAUGACUACCUACAGGAAAAACAAAUGGAUCAUUGAGGGUAAACUACGCAAAUUGAAGGCGGCUCUGGUGCGUCGCACAGGUCGCUCCGAGGGGGAGCUGUGCGUAGAGGACCGCAGGAGGAGCACGCGGGCGGGGACGGCCGAGGAGGAGAGCCUGGAGGAGACCACCCUGCUGGAGAGGAGCAGCCGGCACGGACGCGGAGGAGUGAAGGAGGAGCCCAGACUCACCGAGGCUGAGAGCCCAACCAACGCCAGCAUCCCAGAACUGGAGAGACAGAUAGAUAAGCUAACCAAGCGCCAAGUGUUUUUCCGCAAGAAGCUGCAGCAGGCGUCUCACUCCCUGCGGGCAGUGUCCCUGGGCCAGGACCGCUACCGGCGCCGGUACUGGCUGAUGCCUCACAUGGGGUCCAUCCUGGUGGAAGGACCAGAGGAGAUCUUGGACUCGUGCAGUGACAUUCUAGUCACAGAUGAGCCCAUGGUCUACGUGAAGAAGGAGGUGAAGGUGGAGGUCAAAUCCGAGGAGCCUCUCUCUCCCGUCACCCCCGUCACUCCUUCUGCCACCGCGGUCACGCCGCGCUCCUGCUCCCCCCGAGCCUCGGGCAGCGGCAGCGGGCUCUCCCCGACGGAGGUGGACCCGCUCCCCGGCGAGGCGUCCCUGAUGAGCAGCAGCAGCCCCCGGGGCCGCGGACGCCCGCGCAAGAUCAAGCCCGAGGUGGAGCUCCACCUGCGCACCGCCAAGUGCCGCCGGCGACGCCGCAGCAGCAAGUCGGUCGGCGAGGAGCCCCCGGCCGCCGCCGCCGCCACCGCCGACGCGCCCAAGGCGGGCAUCCAGACCGACCUCACCCAGGCCGCGGUCACCGCGUGGCUCAGCCAGGCCCAGGUCGCUGGCGCCCAGGACCCGGCCACCGCCGCGGAAGUGCUGGCAGCCGUGGCGGCGGGAGGCAGGGUCCCGGAGGACGGCGGCCUGUCGAAGGAAGCCGCGAAGGAGCUGACGGAGAAGCAGGCCCAGUGGUUCCCGCUGCUGCCCAAGACGCCCAGCGACGCCACGGCGCUGUCCGAGCCCUGUCUGCCCUCUCCCAACGCCACCUCUCCCACCUCUCUGCUGAAGGACGCUCCCCCAACCUCCCCCUCUCAGCAGGCUGCCCCCACCCCCCUCACACAGACUCCGUUACAGAGUCCCGCGCAGCCUGCGGUCCAGACUCCUGAUCCGGCCGCGCUUCUCCCGCUGCUGCCCGGCUCGGUCCCCACUCCUCCAGCGUGCUCCACGCCGGUGCAGAAGCCGACCAGGCGGAGGAGGAGAGGCAGCAGCCCGGCUCGCAGGCCGUACUGCACCAGCACAGGCAAGCGUCGCGGCAGACCCCCCUCCACGCUCUUCAGUGACAUCGAGCAGAAGUACCUCACCCAGCUGGUGGCCAAGCCAAUUCCGAAAGAAAUGGCUCAAGGCUGGUGGUGGGUGAAGACACCAGAGGAGCUUUCUGAAGUCCUGAAGGCCCUGCAUCCUCGUGGUGUCCGGGAGAAGGUGCUGCACAAGCACCUGACCAAGCACCUGGAAUUUCUGUCCGAGGUGUGCUCGAGACCCAGCAGUGACCCUGUGUUCAGGCAUACACAAGAACAGGGCAGUUCUGUGCUGGACGUUUUGAGUCAGCCCUGGCCCGAGGUGCCUAAAGCCCUGCAGACUGACAUCAGCGUCCUCCAGUGGGUGGAGGACCUGGAGCAGCGCGUGGCGGCAGCAGAUCUCCACCUGAAGAUGGCUCCCCAGAGUGGAAAGAGCGACACAGAGCCUAGCACGGAGGAGCCUGUGGCAGGAUUUCAGCCAUACACCGUUCCAGAGCCAGACUCCACCCGUGAAGAUCUCGAGUUCUACGACCAUGAGGUUGACCCGCGGGACGACUGGAUCGUUAGGACAAAGCGCGAGUGGUCCGACCUCCUACGUGUGCCCAACAACCCACUGGAUCUGGCCGUCCUGAGGCUGGCCAACCUGGAGCGCAACAUUGAGCGGCGCUACCUGAAGGAGCCGCUGUGGAACCUGGCCGAGGUGGUGAAGCUGGCCCCUCUCACUCCAUCCCCGGGGGAGGAGGUCCCCAUGGACGUGGGCAGUUUGGAGAUGGAGAUCACCCCAAGGCUGAGGACGUGGCGACAGGGCCUUGACCGUUGCCGAAGUGCUGCCCAGCUCUCGCUGUGCAUUAUUCAGCUGGAGAGGGCCAUUGCCUGGGAGAAAUCAGUUGUCAAAGUGACCUGUCAGGUGUGUCGCAAAGGGGACAAUGACGAGUACCUGCUGCUUUGUGACGGCUGUGACCGUGGCUGUCACAUGUUCUGCCUCAGACCCAAGGUGACAGAGGUGCCUGACGGAGACUGGUACUGCCCCAUCUGCGUUGCCAAGAUGGGCGACGGCGAGAUGCGGCCGCAGCGCUCGGCGAGGCAGCGCGCCCGCAGGCGUAAGCGCCGCCUGGGCGCCUACGUGGGCGACAGCUCCGAGGAGGACGAAAGCCCCCGCCGGUUGGCCGGCAUGAGCACGCGGCAGAAGGACGGACCCUCGUCGUCCGCCAGCAGCACGAACGGCACCUCUGGAAUCUCGCCCAGCAAGCGCCGGCGCAUGACCACGCGCAACCAGCCUGACCUCACCUACUGCGAGAUCAUUCUGAUGGAGAUGGAGGCGCAUGCGGACGCCUGGCCAUUCGUGGAGCCAGUGAACCCGCGACUGGUGCCCGGAUACCGCCGCAUCAUCAAGAACCCCAUGGACUUCCUGACCAUGAGGGAGAGACUGCUGCAGGGAGGGUACUGCAGUGUGGAGGAGUUUGCUGCUGAUGCCCAUUUGGUGUUCAACAACUGUGAGCUCUUCAACGAGGACACUUCAGAAGUCGGCAAAGCCGGACACUCCAUGAGACGCUUCUUCGAGAACCGCUGGGCAGAGUUCUACCAGACCAAGGACAAAGACAAGGACAAAUGAGAUCCCAGGAUUGGCUGUAUCCUGGGCAGGGCCUUGUUUUGCCCCUCCCCCAUGUCGAUGUCGCCUACAUUUCCCAUACCUCCCCAAGACUGCUACUGGAGCUUCCUCCCAGACCCUUGUAUACAUAAAUGUACAGAUAUAUUUAGAGUUUGUUCAUUAUUCUUCUUCCGUUUAUCCUGUUCUUGUCUUUUUUUUUGUUUUGUUUUGUUUUGUUUUUCCCUCUUAUCAUCGUUGUUCUCAAGCAUGGGACAUUUACAGGCCGGCAAAACAAAGCCUAAACAGGAAGAGAGAUCCACCUCGAGAGGAACUUCCGUUUUUAUUUUUCGUUUUUUAAAUUUUAUUCACCCGUUACUCACCCCGUUCACCACACGUUCCUCUCACAACAACACAGACAGGCACUCACUCCCACGACUCCUCACAAGCAGGGCCUGGUCUGGAACCAGAGGACUGUUUCGGUUCUGGCCUCCUCCCCUGCCAGCUCUGCGUUUUUCCGUUACGGUUGGAUCGUCUCUCUGACACAACCCCUCGUGGACAGGACCCUCGGGUAUCUUGCCCACCCCUGGACCAGCGAGUGGACGAGAAACUGGCCUCUUUCUACACAGCGUCUCUCACCAGGCAGAGCGCCUUCCACGUCUUGUCACACGACGUGGUGACUGUCUCCAUGACUAGAGGCUGUUUUGUCCCCCUCCCCUCCUCAGUAUAUUUUUUAUUAUUAUAUAUUCUAUAUACAUAUAAAGAUUAAAAAUAGCUGGGAUUAUUUAAUAGCAAUAGCUCGUAGUGACUCUGUACAGACCACACCGUAGAGAUGUAUAGGUGAUUUCAUGAAAUGGCCAGUAAAAGUGAUUUUAAAAGGAGCAUUUAUCCUUUAAAACUAUAUAUCCUCGAUCAUGCACACCUGCAAUGCACCCACCCCUUCCCCUUCCCUCUCCUCAUCCCUCCUUCCCUUGCUUCGUGUAGAGUGCUGUUUUAUCAUCUACUGGAGGUGUUAACCUAUUUCUGUUCUCUCUCCCACUAAGCUUUCUCUCCCUCCUCUUAACUGAUAACCGCCUUCCAACUCUUUUAGCUAAUCAUAGUCUUUGUGGCAAUGGCAAUCACGUCAGAAGAAACUGUGUGACCACAUGUUAGAGGAUCUUGAUGAGCAGCACUGAAGCGAUAAUAAUGGUUGUGAUUUUUAACCUCCCUUUUGCUCGCACUGCUAGCUUGUGUAGCAGCUAACCUGCCCCACCAAACCCAUCCCUCUCCUCAUCCCAACCCUCCUGUCCCAAGCUUUUGCCAGUUUGUUCAAUAGUCUGUCAAAAAGAGAAAUAGACUGAUUCAAUAUUGGUUAACAAAAAAAAGAAAAAAAAGAAAGGUUAUGUAUAUACAUUUGGAAUACAGAAAGUUUAAUUAUGUGUCAGCGAUAUUUGUCCUUCAUUGGAAGUGUUUGGUUUUAAUUAUGACAGUCGCAGCGGUCCUGCUGCUUAGUUCUCAGUACGUAAGUUCGGAACUGUUUUAAAGUGUGCUCUCUUUCGCUCUCACACCUUAACUCUCCAGGGCCGUCACAGACGGAAACAGCCUCAAAAUAAAGCCUCAUUAGUUGUACAGCUCUGGUGGAAAUUGGCUUUGAAUGUUGAACGUAUCCAGACCGCACUUGUUCAGAUGCAUUCACUGGGAACAAUUAAAAUAGUUGUACAUUUCUUCCAUUGUGCUCCGACUACGCUGCGUCUGGUCGGUUGGAUCUGGGGUACCCAGUUACCAGUCUGUGGCCAAGGCCACACAACCUCAUACAAGUUCUCAGACGUUGCAUAGACCACUUGAAGUAAAACGGGACUUGAAUUGGCCAAAGGCUAUAUGGAUAACUUAACACAGCGUGGCUGAUAGGACUUGAUAACUGUUGAAAACGCAUAGCUACAGGUAAAUGUGAUGUUAUGAGAGAGUGCACAGCUGUUUCUUUCUGGUUUUCCUUUUGUGUUGUUCUUAACUCUGGUAGCACCGACACCCUGGCACUGAAGUCACUGAAUUUCCUGUGGGAUCAUGUCAAGCAGGACUCCAAAUAACACAACUGGCUUUUAUUUAAAUGUAGUUUCUUACACUGAACUCCACCUUAUCAAUAGGAAAGUGCAUAUAUAUGCCGUAUGUGUUCCUUGCAACCUGAAAGGGACAUUGUUUUUUUUUUUUUUCUACAAAAAUGAAAAAGCUAAUAAAAAAACAACCAAAAUGUGGUGUUUAGUGAAUUUUUAAUAAUGUACAGUUUUUGUGACUUUAAAUUUGUUCCUUUCUAUAUUUUUAGGACCAAUAUAUCGUUUUUAAGAGGAGGCAUUAAAUGAUCAUGUUGUUUCGAGGUGAUGUAACAUGUGCAUCUGUAGAAUGUACUGUAAGCUGAAUUAAAACCACAUCUAGUAGAGACAA